UUACAAAAGGUUUGAGUGACAAGAAUGUGACUGUUUGCGUAGGACAUUUUGAAUUCCUUGCCUUUCAGACUUCUCUAUUGUUAUGUAGCAGUAGGUGGAGAGGAACGAGUCACGAGAGAGGGAAAGGGCUUGUGGCUAUUUAAACCCAGCCUUCCCUCCUCUCUCACACAAAACGUAAAGAUGAGGGACUUUAGACUGAAAUGCUUUGGGCUGAUUCUCCUUGUCAUUCUUGUGAUGUGCUCAAAUUUUGAUGGCUGUGAGGGGAGGAAAGGAAGGCGUUGGAGGAAACAAAAGCCUCCCUCUUCCUCCUUGGCUAGAAAGAAGGUUAAAAAUGGUGGUGGCGACAACCAUGGCAGCGGAGGAAGAGGAGAUUACCUGAGUGCAACUCUGAGCCCAACCCCGAUAACAGAGUAUCCGAUGAAGACAGCCAUGUUCAAUGUGCUCGAUUUCGGAGCAAAGGGAGAUGGCAUCACAGAUGACACCGAGGCCUUCCAGGCUGCUUGGGCUGCUGCUUGCAAGGUGGAAGGGUCAACUGUGGUUGUUCCAGCAGAAUUUGAAUUCCUUGUAGGCCCUAUCUCCUUCUCUGGACCUUAUUGUCAGCCCAACAUUGCUCUCCAGCUGGAUGGAAUGAUCAUUGCUCCAACUGAUGCCAAAAGGUGGGGUUCUGGGCUACUGUGGUGGAUUGAGUUCUCAAAGCUGCAAGGAAUAUCAAUUCAAGGCAGUGGAACAAUAGAAGGGCAAGGCAGUGUAUGGUGGACAACUAUGGAGUCUGAUGUUGAUCCAAUAAAUGCUGAGCUCAGUAUGAAACUGCCGCAGAUCAAGCCAACUGCUCUGAGAUUCUAUGGGAGUUACAAUGUCACAGUAACUGGCAUCACAAUCCAGAACAGUCCACAGUGCCACCUCAAGUUUGACAAUUGUGAAGCUGUCCAGGUCUUCAACAUGACAAUCAAUUCACCAGGAAGCAGCCUUAACACAGAUGGCAUACAUCUUCAAAAUUCUAGAGAUGUUAUGAUUCAUCAUACCAACAUGAGCUGCGGUGAUGACUGCAUCUCCAUCCAAACCGGAUGCUCAAACAUCAAUAUACACAGUGUAGAAUGUGGCCCAGGCCACGGGAUCAGCAUUGGAGGCCUCGGAAGAGACAACACCAAAGCAUGUGUUUCUAACAUAACAAUAAGGGAUGUCAAUAUGCACAACACCAUGACCGGUGUCAGAAUCAAGACCUGGCAGGGUGGAUCGGGCUCCGUCCAGAGUAUAAAAUUCUCAAACAUAAGAGUAUCAGAGGUCCAAACUCCAGUUGUCAUAGACCAAUUUUACUGUGACAGAAGCUCCUGCAAGAACCAGACAUCAGCAGUGGCACUGUCCAGCAUCGCAUAUGAGAACAUAAAAGGGACCUAUACAGUAAAACCAGUGCACUUUGCUUGCAGCGACAGCUCUCCAUGUUCAGACAUUAGCCUAACCGAGGUUGAGCUUGAACCACUACAGGAACAUUAUCAUAUUUAUGAACCCUUCUGCUGGCAGGCUUUCGGGGAACUGUACACCCCAACCGUUCCUCCAAUUGUCUGCCUGCAGAAUGGAAAACCAACAAGCAAACCUAUCUUGUCCGAUGAUGACUUGUGCUGAUACUACCAUGGUCAAUAAUCAUUGAUGCAAAUACAUGUGUGGUCAUUUAAUUAUCACGACCCCUUUGCACCA